AUGACUCUGUACACUUCGCCUACUCUUUCCAGAAGAAGCGAGGCCAGUCUUGGCUCCAAAGGUUCGAGACCUAUUAGUUCAAACGAAUAUUUAUGUAUGUAUGCUUACUUUGAAACCGCCAAGCUGGGUGGUUUACUGGACCUCGCUCUGUGGCUAUUUGCCUCGCUCAACCGUCGUGAACUUUCUGUGCCCCUCCUCCCGGUCCAUCGGUGGGUGGCCCCAUCGCCGACCACCCGUAAGACGCAUGCCUGUUCAUUUAUUAAUGUUCCUCCACCGAAAAGAGCUUGCAGCUAUCGAAAAAGAAGCAGAAAGAAAAGAAACCCACGGGAGCUAGUCGCAAAGUGCCCCAUUGCGUCAGAGAGACUCGAAUUGCAAAAUGCGCACGGCCAGCCAAUGAGGCGACGAGCUCAGCACGCAAUCGCGGCGCCUUGCCGCUUUGAGGACCACCUUAGACCAGGCACUUGGCGCGGAUCGUGGGGUUCACUGCUGUAG